AUGUAAAAAAAUUAUGAUAUUCGGGAAAUUGAUGAUUAUGAAAUUCAUUUUAAAUCUUUGAUUGGAUAAGGAGCUCAUGGAAAAGUUUAUGAAGGAAGAAAAAUAAGUGAGAAUAGAAUAAUAUGUGUUAAGGUAGUAUAUUUAUUUUAAUUAGGUUUUCUACAUUACAGAAGAGAAAAAAGAAAAAAUUAAGAGAGAAGUUGCUAUUUUAGAGGAAAUGAAGAAAGUUACUCAUCAAAACAUUGUCAAAAUUUAUCAUGUAGAAGAAUAGAAUUAAAGAAUAUAUAUAUUUAUGGAGAAAUGUAUUGAAAAUCUUGAAUAAAAACUUCAAAAAAUCAAAAAGGAAAAUAAAAGUUUCUCGGUUAGAGAAAUUUUAGAGAUAUCAAGAUAAAUUUGUAGAGGAUAUAAUGAGAUGAGAAAAAAAAAAAUUAUUCACAGAGAUCUAAAGCCUGAAAAUAUAGUGAUAGGAGAUGAUGGAUAAUAUAAAGUAUUUCAAUUAUUCAACAAUAUAGAUAUGUGAUUAUGGUUUAAGUAAGACUUAAUUUGACCUGGAAUCUAUUUAGAAAUAAACUCAAGUGGGUACACCUUUAUUUGUAGCACCUUAAAUAUUUGAAGGAAAAUAUUCUAAUAAAGCAGAUAUUUUUAGUGUAAGAAUAAUUCUUUAUAUAGUUUGGAAUGAUGAUUUAUUAUAUAACAUUCUAAACAUCAUUAUUUCGUGUAAAAUCAUUAAAUGAUAUACAGGAAGAAUAUUAAAAAUUAUAGAAUGGGAUCAUAAUACCUGAAAUUUCGAAUUAGGAUGAUAAAAAAUUAUCAGAUGAACUCAAAUCAAUCCUUUAAAUGACUAUUACUUAUUUAGAGGAAGAUAGAAUAGGUUGGGAUCAAUUAACUAGCAUCUUAGAGGAUUUAGAUCUAAAACCAUAAAUUAAUACCUUUACUACUAAAAAAAAUGAGUAAAACGAGUUUGGAAUGUAAAGUUCCAAUCAUGAUUACUAUAAUUUACCAAAAGUUAAAAAAUAAACUCCUGAUAUUAUAUAAUAUCCAUAUGCCAUGAAUCAAUAAAUAAAGGAAGAGGUUGAUAAUCAAUAAUCUAUUUAUUUUAGAGAGGAAUUUGAAAAUGAUAAUAAAAAUAAUAAUCUAAAUAUAUAAUAUCAAUUUAAAACUAAUAAAUAAAAUCAAUAAGAUAAUAAUUAAUAAAAUCAAAUUAUAUAAUAAUAAUCUUAUUAAAAAUAAUCUAAUGCUAAUUUUUAAGAUUAUCAGCCUGAUAAUUAUGUUAAAACUUUUGAUGAUAUAGAUUAAGAUUUUAAACAUGAAUAAGAUUAAAAAAGGAUUUAAGAUAAAAACUAGAAUUCUUAGUCUUAAUUAGGCUAAUAAAAUGUUUAUGAUAAAAUUUAACAAUAAUAAGUUUAAGAUUUUUAAUAUGAAAAAUAAAAUAAUUCAUAGUAUAAGGUUAAUCAGCAAAAAUUUUUAAUUUAAGAAUCUAUAAAUGAUUUGAGCAUUUCAUUUCAUCCUCAAGAAUUUUAAAAAUAAACUUAUAUAUAGAAUAAUAAUCGAAUAUAUUAAAAUAGAAAUCAGGAAGAAGAAAACUAAAUAUUAUAUUAGAAUAAAUAAUUCAAAAACAAAUCAACUAAUUAAAUAAUUAACAAUGUAUCUUUAGUUGAAUCCCAAACUGAUUUAAAUUUAAAUUCAAGAAAAAAUAUUCAAAAGUCUUAAUUAACAAAUAAUCAAAAGAUUUAUGAUUAGUCACAAAAUAAUAUUUAAUAAAAAUCUAGUGAUAGGAUAUCGUAUAAAAAUUAAUAAGAAUGCCUUAAAAACUCAAUCUAAUAAUUUAAACCUGACCUUGAAGAAUCUUCAAUAUAAUAAAAUCCUGAUGAAACUCAAACAAUUAAUUUUUCAAAUUUUAUGGAAGAAAGCUAAAUUAAUAUGUCUAAAACUAACUUCUAAGAAAUAUAGACACCAGAAAAAUCAUUUAAUGAAAUGAUAAAUCUUAAAAACAAGAAUUUGAUUUAAAAUAACCAAUAAUAUUAUCCAUCCAAAUAGGAUGAAUAAAAAGAACAAAUAUUUAAUUAAUAAAAAAUAGCAUAAAAUUAAUAAAAAGAUAGUAUAUAGCCUGUCAUCCAAUAAUCAUUUCAAAAUCUUACAAAAAAAGAGUUUUAUCCAUAAAAUUAAUAGGUAAUAAUUAAAAAGAAUUAAAAUUAAAAUAAUUCUUCAGAAUUCAAAAAUUAAGAAUAUAAAUUUAAUGAUAAUCAAAAAUUAAUAAAAUAAUAUGAAGAAGAAAAAUUAACUAAUAAUGAUUUUUAAUGCGUUUAAAAUAACAUGUAAUAAAAAAGAAAACUAAUAAAAAUAACUGAAAUAACUUAGUCUUCAUUUGAUUUAAAAAAAAUAGUUUUGAUAAUUUUUGCUAAAAUUAGGUUCGCUGAGAAUGUCUUUAACUCUUAUUAAAAAUUAAAGUAUAAUUACCUAUUUUAUAUUAGAACAAAUUAAUAAUUAGAAAAAUACUAAACUUUGUUUGAAAUUUUUAACUACCUUUUACGUUAGUAUUAAUACUCAAUGAUUGCUAAUAUAAGAUUGAUUUGUAUGAAUGAUUAAAAUAUGAAUUAAAGUAAGUUAAAAAAAUAAUUGUGUUUAUAAAUUGAGGGAAAUAAAAUUUUAGAUUAUUAAGAAUAAAAUUAAACUUAAUUGAAAGAGAUUAAUAAAAUUUAUUGUUAAAAAAUAGAGAUUUCUGCAGUAAAAUAUAUUUUAAUAAUUUAGUAAGCAUCUUAAGAGUUAUAAAACCUUUUUGAUAAAAGAAUUAAUAAUAGUGAUUUAAUGGAAUUGAUAAGAUUUGUAGAGAAGGGAGAUUUAUUUAGUUAUGAUUCUUUCAUUGAAUUGUAUGAAAAUUAUUUCUAAAAAAUUUUCUAAUAAGUGAAUAAGGAUUCAAAUUUUAAAGUAUUUUUAAAGUAAGUAUUAUUUUAAAAAGAAAGGUUCAUUGGAUUUUCGAUAAAAUUUAUAAAAAUUGAUGAAGAAUACCCGAUUAAUAAUUAUAAAGAAAUAGAUAUUUAGAUGAUUGAUUAUUUAACUGAUGAUGAAUAAUUAUUAUAAGAAUAUAUAAAGAGUUAUUAGAUGAUGAGAUUGAAAAAAUGA